AUCCGCCCAUCUGUCAGUUUGUCUCGUUUCUGUCAGAGAGCUUUUUGCAUCUUCAUUGAUUUAUAAAAAUAAACAAGAAUAUAAUGAGAUUUGCAUAAUAAAGCCAUUGAGCAAGAUUUAAAUCCUAAACUGUUACAGCGGAUGUGUAUUAAAAUGGCCAGCGUACACUUUUUGGUGUUGUUUUUAACAUACAAUUUAUAUGGUGUAUCGGCGGCGGCGGCUCACAGUCAUGGGAUGGAUAAUGUAGAGCGCGAGCUGGACGGUAGCUACAGGCCCCGAGACCACGACCACUACGGGGACUCCGGGCACAACACCGAGUUUGACCACGAGGCCAUUUUAGGCAGCGUGAAAGAGAGCGAGGAGUUCGACAAGCUGAGCCCGGAGGAGUCCAAGCGGCGGCUGGAGCUGAUGCUACCCAAGAUGGACCUCAAUGGAGACAAGUUCAUUGACCGGUUGGAGCUGAAGGAUUGGAUUAUGAACUCUUUUGAGAAGCUGUCCAUUGAGGAGGCGCACGAGCGGCUGACGGAGGCGGAUGACAACCGCGACGGCGUCCUCACCUGGUCUGAGUACCUGCAGGACGCGUUCGGGGUUGAUACGGAAGAGGAGAUUGGCCAGGAGGACAUCACCGACUCUGGCAUGGUACGGCUGUUACAAGAGGAGAAGGCAAUGUGGGCGGCCGCGGACAAGGAUGGCGACGGAAUACUCGACGCACGCGAGUUCGAGGUAUUCAGCAACCCGGAGGAGCAUGCGGUGAUGCACCCGUUCCUGGUGAACCAGACCCUGAGGGAGAAGGACGCCAACAAGGACGGCGUCGUUGACUUCGAGGAAUACAUCGGAGAAAGGGGGUCGCAGCAAGACAAGGCGUGGCUGGUGGCGGAGAAGGACAAGUUCGACCACGAGCUGGACUCCAACAAAGACGGCGUGCUGGACGCGCAGGAGGUACACGCGUGGGUCAUACCCGUCAACGAAGAAAUAGCCGCCGAGGAAGUCGACCACUUAUUCUCCCUCACCGACGACAACCACGACGAUCUGCUGUCCUACGACGAGAUCCUGGACCAUCACGACGUGUUCGUCGGCAGCGAGGCGUCCAACUACGGCGACCUGAGGGACCACUGGGACGACGACGAACUGUAAGGGAGCGACGCACAAGGCGAGGGGUUCUAAUAUAGAUCUAUAGUCUACGUAUUAAGGUGCAUAAUACCAUAUCAACGGUUGAAAGGCUAAUUAGACUUGGCGAUAUUUUUCAGCGAAAAUUUUUAACUAGUUUAAAAAAACUAGUUUAAGUCAAUUAGCCUUUAACCGUCGAUUUAAAAUUAUCGUCACAAUAAAAAUGUUUAUCCGGUUAGGAAAAGGCAUAAUAGUGUUGAUUGGAGAGGGAUUAUCGCUCGUCAAUCGAUACUCGGAACGCCACACCAUAUCAUCAUGUGCAUUUGAAUCUGUGCUGUGCUUAAGUAAACGAGUCAACUAUGUUGGUCGAAAUGAACCCCCUCCUCAAAAACAUCCUGUAUAUAGCGCCAAUUAACUAUUAGAAAUAUUUCCCUGGUGUCAUAAUGCACGCCAAAUUCCUUACAAGGCGUAGAUAAAUUCUACUUGAAAGAUUCUAAACAAUAUUGUAAUUCUCUAUGAUAAACGAGCAUUCCCCGUGGUUUUAAAACGGAAUCGUUAGUAUUAGUCGUGGAUCCUAAUUUAAUACGAUCAGGCAGAUUUUUGAUUUGAAAAAUUCUUACAUAUGACAUGUAUUGACGUUUUCCAGCGUUAAAGAUUCCGCGUGGAAUGUAAAUUGUUAUCGAGAAUUCAGGCCGUAGAUCUAGCCUUGUUUGGACACAUGCCUUAUGUAGUUAUUUAUAAGGUCUAAUACAUCCCCGUUGUAUUUGAUAGUAAAUGUAUAUUUAACGGUAAUAAUACUUAAUUCGAUGUAUUUGGGACACCCUUUAACCAAAUUUUCUAAUUCAAGACUACCUAUAUGGUGGCCCAAAAUAAUUAUUUUAUUAACUUUAAAAAUAGGAAAUUUUUAACCAGUAUGUCAUAGGUACUUAACCUUAAUCUGCAACAAUUCACGCGAAACAUGUUCCUCACCAUGUUGAGCAACACAUGGAGCUUUUGUUCCGGUGUUUUAAAUUUUUCCUAAUGCCAACAUUGUGCCGUUGGUAAAGCAUGUUGAACGUGACUGUUGCGCGACAUUUGUCUAAAUACAUUAACUAUGGCCUAAAUACGUAUUGGUGCUACGUAUGCGCCAACGUGGCGAAUUUAGAAUAUUUCUUCCAUAUAAGUAGUUCAGAAUUGUGCUAAUUAUAAUAUUUGAAAAUUCAAUCUGUUAGAUGAACUGCAUGCUGCCUAAACAACAACUGCACAUCACUUGCAGUCGGUUUACACUGUAUAUAUUAAAAUACGACAGUAGCCAAGUUUAUACAAUAAUCUAAAUCUAAAGUAGUCGAUUACAGUGCAAGUUGAUUCAGUAAGUCAUGCAGUUUGUCUAACAACAUUGCAAAACCUUGUAGUAUCCAAUAAUGAAAUAGUUAUCAGAUCUCAAGUAUAAUACUGCCAUUUUGAUGUCUCCAAUCUCCACCCUGAAAUAGAUUUAACAUUUCAAAAUAUUAAUUGUAAAUUUUAUAAACUUUGUUAUUAGUUAUAACCCCGUUUAAAAGUUCACACGCACAAUCAUUAGAUACUAGUCAAAAUACGUGCAUGUUACUUUAACUUAGGUUUUUAAAGUUGCGAACUAUAGAAAAUCCCCUUUAUUCUUAGACGUUUUUUAUCGGACGGAGCAUUGCUAUGAUAGCGAGUCUGUUUCUCAGUGUUGACGACAUGGCAGCCUUCGCAGUGCGUAGACACAGGGCCGUUGUGAUUGGCUAAUAUAGAGAUACAACAUUACUCCGUCCUUAGAUAAAAAACGUCUGUGAAUAAAGGGGAAUAUGUAUUAAUUUGUGAUCAACGUGUAGUCAAACUUAAAUGCAGUACGUUUGCCAAUUAUGUAGAAUAUUCUGACCAGCAAAAUUAUAAAUCUCGCCAUAUGGUAUUCAUCAUAUGUACUACAACGUUAAAACUAAAAUGCGAAAGUGGCGCCCUGUAAGCAGGUUUAUUUUUCUUGGUCAAACUAUACUGCUAAAGGCUAAUGUGCGCUUUGAAAAAGUACGUUCUAAACAAGAGUUAUAAAUAUUCAUAAACAUUUGUAUGCAGUGGUGGUCUUAAUUAACCCCAGGCUCGGCAGGUGAUUUUAAAAGCCAUUUUUACCAGAUUGCUUAACGAAGGUAAUGUAUUCAUUUCUUUAUCCUCCUUGGAGUCAUCAGGCCCUGAGCGGCCCUCAUUUGUCACUUUCUAAGAUCGCCAUUGUUUAUAUGCAUGGUUUAGCUAUAUUUGUCGUACGACAUGAGCUAUUUCCCGGAAAAAAAUAUAAAAAAUAAAUCUUUGUACACUUAAAUAGAUUAGUUUCCUAACAUAUCUGAUGUCAAUAAAUAGGCAUGUUUAUUGUGGAAAUAAAUAGCACACUGAUUUCUUGUUUACACGAAUUUUUAGACAUUGAAAGUCUUCGAAUCUUCGUGUCGAAGUCUUUGAAACGUCGGGAGAAAUGUAUAAUAUACAAACCGAUAAAAUGCGCAAGUGUUUAUUUCAUUAAAUAGCACACUUUAUUUAUCAAUUUAAUCCUUAGAAAGCAAUUGAAAUCCCAUCUAUUAUCCCAAGGAGGGAUCAAUAACCGAUUUCUUUGUGUAAAUUAUUGUAUGAUAGAAAUUGUUAUCAGUUAAAUUCAUUGAUUUAAUAUUUUAUAAAAUACAUUUGUAAGCAGAAAAAUAAUCUAGAUGACGUGUAUAAUGUCACAUGGCAUUUAUUAAUUCAAAGUUCUAUGUGCUCCAUGAAAUUAUGUACGUGUUAUAUUUUGUAGCAGUUGUAGUUCUAUAGGCAAGUUUUAAAAUUCAUUGCUAUUUGUUUCCAUAUCUAGUGCCAUAAUUGUCUGUAACGUGUACUUAUAAUGGAGACCAAACGUGAAUCUUUAGUUGUAUUGUGUACGUGUUAUACUAACUAAUUAAAUGAAUUUAUUUAUUA